GACGCCGCCGCCCACAUGGUUGGAAAAAGUCGCAUGGGAAGGUGGCGUAAUCGGUGUCUGGAAGAAGACGGAGUAAGCAUUCUGUGGAGGUCUAGAAGCGCGACUGCUGCACAGAGCUGUUUCCGGGGCUGUGUGCCUCAGCUACCAUCAAUGAGUUUCGGCUGGAGAGGCCUCUACAGCGCUGUAUCGACGCGUGCGUCUUUCUCCCUUCUGUCUUCCACUCGCAUCACACGACCACUGGCGUUCACUCCGACCUCUAACUGAACUGAAACCUAUCAAGACUCAGAACAACCCCAAGAGAGCCCCACAGAGCGUAUUGCUCAAUAAUCGCAGGAGGUGUCUCGUACCAGAAUGGACCCCCGCAUGUCAGGGGGAGGAGGGGGAGGCCAGCCUGGCGACAUGGGUACGCGGUUCGGUCGGAUGAACGUCAACGCCGACUCGUUUGUUCCCAACGUGCAGGCUCCCUCGUUCAUCCCUGGAGGCCCGCCAGGAGGUGGCGGGUAUGUCCCGCGUCAUUAUGGUGGCUACCCAAUGCAUGGUCACCACCAGCCGAUGGCUCCUCCAGGGAUGUACCCACCUCCACCUGGUCUGCCAGCUCGCCCCAUGCACGCGGGUCAAGGUUAUGGGAUGAUGCCAUCGUGGAUGGGUCCUCAUGGCGGGUCACAUGCACAUGCCAGCUGCUCAGCAUGGAAUGGAAUCACAACAACCGAUGCAAGACCUGCUGCAUACUCCUGGGGGAAGCCACGGCAGAGGCAGUCGAGGCCACUCCCCCCAAUUCCAGCAGACGACCAGCGAGAAACACUGGAGUCCUCCAACCGAGACCAAAACCAAUCUCCCAGUCGGUGCCCCGCCUACCCUCGUGGCUCCUCCCCCUCAUCCGUCAAAGGCUGACAUCACUACCCACUUACAAGACUCUCAGGUGGAGUCUUGGGAGGACAUUGACGACGCUGGCCCCGCCCCCCAGCCGCCGUCCGAAGUCCCCUCCUCACAACGAGAAAACCCCGCCUCAUCUACCCCUCCUACCACUGCUUCAGAACUGAAGACCGACUCUGUGUCCAAUUCCUCUUCCGGCCGAUCUACUCCCAAAUCGCAGGAGCAACCCCCCGUCAAAGAAGCCCCCUCUUCCUCCUCCUCGACGUCUUCCUCCAGUACUCCCGACCUAGCCAAAGCAGAGAGAAAGCAGCCGUCUCCAAGUCUCACGGAGAGGGGUACUGGGGGGGUGAGCAGGGCAGAGAGUGGCCCGGGGAAAGGGAGCAAGCACAGCCAGGCCGCUCCCCCCAAAGACGAGCAUGAGAAGGAGAACAUUAACAUUGUCUUCAUUGGACAUGUCGAUGCUGGCAAGUCGACAAUAGGAGGCCACGUGCUGUACCUGACAGGUCAGGUGGACAAGAGAACGUUGGAAAAGUACGAGAGAGAGGCGAAAGAGAAGAACAGGGAGACCUGGUACUUGGCCUGGGCUCUGGACACCAACCAGGAGGAGAGGAACAAGGGUAAAACAGUGGAGUGUGGCCGGGCGUCGUUCGAGACCGACAAGAAGAGGUUCACCAUCUUGGAUGCCCCGGGUCACGCCGGGUUCGUCCCGAACAUGAUCAGCGGGGCGGCCCAGGCAGACAUCGGGGUUCUCGUCAUCUCUGCCCGCAAGGGAGAGUUCGAGACCGGCUUUGAGCGAAGGGGGCAGACCAGAGAACAUGCCAUGCUGGCCAAGACAGCUGGCGUCAAGCAUCUGGUGAUUCUCAUCAACAAGAUGGACGACCCGACAGUGUUCUGGGACGAAAACAGAUACGAAGAGUGCAAAAUAAAACUCACUCCUUUUCUGAAGAAAGUUGGUUUCAACCCCAAAACAGACCUUGCGUUCAUUCCUGUGUCUGGCCUCACUGGAGCCAAUAUCAAAGAGGUAGCCCCUGAGGAAGUCUGUCCUUGGUACAGAGGGCCAGCUUUCAUCAGCUACCUGGAUGAGCUACCUCCCCUCACAAGAGAGGAUACCGGACCCUUCAGAAUGCCUAUCUCCGACAAAUACAAGGACAUGGGUACAAUGGUGAUGGGGAAGGUGGAGAGUGGGGGGCUGGCAAAGGGAAUGACUCUUACUCUUAUGCCAAACAAGGCAGUGGUAGAGGUUAUUUCGAUCCUGAGCAACGAGGAGGAGGUGAACACGGCUUACUCUGGCGACAACAUUAGAGUCAAACUGAAGGGAGUAGAGGAAGAGGACAUUUCGGCUGGGUUUGUUUUGUGUGACACAGACAGCCUCUGUCACGUUGGCUCCACCUUCGAUGCUCAGAUCGCCAUUCUGGAGCACAAGUCCAUCAUCUGUGCAGGCUACAGUGCGGUGCUGCACAUUCACAGCGUGGUGGAGGAAGUUCAGAUAAAGCAACUCCUAGCACUGAUAGACAAGAAGACAGGGAAGAAAGUUGCACAGAGGCCAAGGUUUGUGAAGCAGGAUCAGGUGGUGAUUGCUCGGUUGCAGACGGCUGGCAUCAUUUGUCUGGAGACGUUCAAGGAGUUUCCUCAGAUGGCCCGCUUUACCCUGCGAGACGAGGGUGAGUGCUGUCAGAAUGGCCUAGAUAACGCCUUCGAGGCUGCAGUGCCAGUAUCAAAUGGCCAGUUCAGGGUGCAAAUCCAAGAUCAAUUCUAUAGGCCACAUUCGUUUAAACCUGAGUGACUGUGCAUAUAUAAAAGAGCUCACAGGAUAAAUGCACACACCCACACCCAUGUACUGUGUGUGCUGUCAUGUCAUCCUCAAACCCACACCCACAUGUGACUAUUGUUCAUUGUGCUGUCAUGUCAUCCUCAAAUGUAUAAGAUAUUGCUUUCUCUACAGGCAAGACAAUUGCCAUUGGCAAGGUGCUAAAGCUCAUCGAAUAGCCCCUAAUUUCCGGCAGUUUGGGAACUUUCUCUAUGAUGCACUGAGCCUGCACAUGUUGCGUUGGUAUUUUUGAGCACCACUCUCUAAUAUUUCACCAAGUUAUAAUAAUGUCACUGUGUAAUAAUAAGAGAAGAGUUUCAUUGAAAAAUGUUAGAAAGUGCUGUCUGCCAGGCUCUCAUACGAGGCUGCUUGCUGCAGAGCGCUAAGAUACAGCACUUUCUGCGACAGAGUCCCGGGGAGAACGGCCGCGCGCAAUUGGCGAGGAUUCCAGCCGAACUGACACUCACUAAACGCAACUCAACACGCUUCUUCGAAUGACAUGAGAAAUAGCACCCUAACUCCCCCGCCUUCUCUCACUGCUGCCUGCGGCUCUCUGUGUGGGAGAGUGCGAGGCUUGUAGUGAGGAGAGAGAAGACGGAACAGCCA